CACUCAACAUAGUAACACACACAGCUGAUUUGAUUCAAUAUUUUUAUGAAUAAUCGACAGCCUUUUAAUGUCAAAAUUAUCUUCUAUAGGUUCACGGAGAGAUUUAGUCUUCCUAGACAAGUUAUUGACAAACAAUUGAAUCACUCUUUUGUAUAUCGUGUGUAAUGUUUGUGUACUGUUACAUGCGAAGCCUUAACACAAUUAUCGUCUCGACAAUGUUUCGGAAGUUUGGUUGCUUGUCUGUGUUUUCUAGACGUUUGAAGCGACUAUUAUUUGGCCUACUAUAUGUUUCUAUUGUUAUUUCUUUUGUAUGCUUGACAUCGCUUGUUCCUCCGAAAAUUGCUGUGCCUAAAUUCAGCCAAUCAUUGUUGAGUGAAAACUACAACAGCCAUAAUCGUAGGACUCAAGCCACGGACUACAAUAUUCACAUUUUAACUCAACUUCUGCAGGAAAGAUUAAAAGAGGUUUCGUCGGCUGAGAAAACUGGUCACAGCCCGGUUUGUGAGACGAACGCCUCUAUUGGAGACAGUUGCUUGACUACCGGUUGUUACCGACUCAAAAUGCCGACUGCACUUCGAGACAGGAUAGAACAAAUCGUCAGUCCUGAAUAUAUGAGACUGUCUUUGCCUUCCAAGAAACUCUUAGAAAUGAUGGCUGCGAACGUAUCCGGUUCCUUCAAUGUCACAAUCAUCUCAGCACUUUCCAGCAAUCAUUUCAUGGAGGCUCAAGGCUUGAUUUAUAAAGUACAUCAACAUCUGUUGCCCUAUCUUAUUAAUUUCACUUUCAUUAUCUACAAUUUAGGGUUGAGCUCCGAAGAAAGAAGCUUUAUUGCCCAAAUUUGUAAAUGCCAUCUGAUUGAUUUUCCUUUCCAGAUCUUUUCAAGAUUCGUCUCUCUGUUGCAUUGCUACACGUGGAAAGCGCUCAUUGUUAACGCGCACAUAACAAAAACGAAUGUCCUGAUAUGGGCAGAUACCUCUGUACGUUUUCUUCAAGAUCCUCAGUCCAUUAGAAACAUCUUUAGCCAAGUCAAGACUCGCGGUAUUCAACUUGGUAAAGGGAAAAAGAUUGUUGCUCAUAAUACAUUAGCCAGCAUGUUUCACUAUUUCCAAGACGAGCCUUGCAUGUACCUCAAAUAUAACGAGGCAAUGUCCGGAAUGAUUGUCGUAAACAACGAUCUUUUGGUUAGGCAAGCUAUUUUAGAGCCGUGGGCAGCUUGCGCCCUCAACGGUAGCUGUAUGUGCCCAACAGAGAGGAGUGAUUUACAUCACAUUGUCAAGGCUUCAACAUGCCGUACCAGGAAAAGUCUGUAUCAGUAUGGAGUAUGCCAUCGGUUUGACCAAUCGGCCAUCUCCAUACUGAUUGCCAAACUUUAUCAAGAACACUAUAACCACGUGGUUCGAAAUUAUUCCGAGUUCUGGGCGAUAGAUAGAAACGAUAGGACGCCUUAUCCUGGAUUAACUUUCAGGGCAGAUCGUAAAAACUAGACAGAAGCUAAUCUUUGAAAAAAUUAAUAUUUGUGUUGUGAUUUCAUUAUUUUUUUUUACGAUAGCCUUGUGACGUGACUGUGGGCCUGAUAUUGAUCGACUAUUCUCUGUGCUAUUCUUAAAAUUAAUUGAGAUCUUUAAAAAAUCUACUGUAGCCCGCUAUCAAAAUUACACUAUAAAAAUAAAAGACAUUGUACAUUAAAUUAUUUUUUUGACAAUUAUAUUAAAUAUUUACCCUUCUAUACCUCCAAAAAAUUGCAUUUAUUUCUUAUGGCAAACGUUUUUACACAUGGCGCUGGCAGUAGUAAUAACACGUUGGUAGGAUAUUGUCUUGAACACUUUAUGCGAUAGUUAAAAAUAUUUGUAAAACUUUAUCGUGUUGAAAAAAGAAAUGUACCGAGAGAUUUAAGCUUAUUGCAGUCUAUGCGCGCAUGUCGUGCAAAAAAUAGUCAAUAUCUAUGAUGACUGUUAACGACGGUGUCAUGUGGCCGGUACAGUGACUAACCUUACUUCACUUAUGCCAGAUACCCAUUAAAGUUGGGUACACUCAGAGGUAGCGUAAAAAUCCAUAAAUUCAGGAAACUUAGGAGAAAUUGUUUUUAAAAAAGACAGAUAAUAUUAACAAUGUCAGGGACGCGUUAUCGACAGAUCACUGAAAUAAUUAACAUUAAUAUCUCCUGCAAGAGCAAAGCUUAGAAAAGUGAUUCUACAGAGAUAAAAAGUUCAUAGAAAUUAUUAUUUUGGUUAAAAUACUUCGAUUAUCUAUAACUUUGCACUCUGUACGCCGGAUACAUCAUGCUAUUAUAAAUUUGCCUUCAAGUAAAUCUCUAUAAUACUUUGGAAUAUUACCAUGUCAAAUGAGACAGGUACUAAAAAUAACAACAUCCGGAAUCUCUUAGUUACCACUCAGUCACCACGUCUGCUGACUUUGUGUGUGUGUAGUUAGAUUAAUACGGUAAUUUAGAAUGUUGAGCAGCGAAUGAAAGGAUCAGUAGCUCAAAGUAUACAUUUGAAAGUUGAAGGUUUUUGUAAUAUAUUAAACAAAUGAAAGAGGGUCUAUACAAAAAUACUUGUUAAAAACGUCGAUUAUAUUGAGUGAAAUUGCAUCAAAUGUUUUACAACAUAUUAAAGUGUGUUAAAACUUGAAGAAGGCAGAUUAUGUUUAAAUUACAAAUACAUUUUCUAUUAUAAGCACACAAUUGCGUAGUUACUCUCUUGGUCUUGCGAAUUUUACUCGUCCUCUAUCUUGCAUGUUGACAAGAGUCUCAUUCGCUCUUUGAGGGGAAAGCACAUAUCAAGGCUUUUUUUUUCACGUUAGCUUAGUACAUUUAUAUAUAAAACUAAAUUAAUUUAUUGCGAUUAAUUGAUUAACUAAUUGGUUAAUAUUUUUUAUUGAUUCACGUGUUAUCAUCCACAAUGAAUAGCCUAAAUGUGCGAAGUUUUAACUUGAUCCGAGAAUGGGAAAUAGAAGAAAUAACUGGUAUAAGCUUAGUAAUGAUAAAAAAGGGGCAGUCGGCUAAGGACUUUCACUCCAUGGUUUUUCUUUAUUUUGUCUUGUGUAUCAAAGUUCAUUGCCAACUUUUAAUGUUGAAAUCUUAUGCGUGUCAAUUUAGAACAUAUUAGAGUUAGUAGAAACAAGAAGGCAGAUUGUCUUUUUUAUCACAAAUACAUUUUCUUCUUUUACAAAUGGAAUUCUUGCUAUUCAAAUUAUCAUUGUCUUAUUUUAGAGAUGGGGCCGACUUCUGUUGCAAUUGGGAUCGGCCUCUGCUACAUUUGGGAUCGGCUUCUAUUAGAGAUGGAGUUAACUUGUAUGUCAACAGCUCUAAGGUUCAAGGUGACUUAUUCACUGUUCAAUGCUCGAUUAAGUAUUGGGACUAAUGUUCUCAGAUCUACCGUAGAUAGUCUCUGAACCUUCGUCCAAUCAUCUAGGUAAUGGGCUACACGUUAACAUGUGUGCGAAUGUGGUACAGAUAUCCCUUACAGGACACUGACCCACAUUUUAACCACUCCGAUGUUGUCAUAUUAAAGUGCAACCAACGGACUCCUAAGUCAUCGAAUGUAGGUCUUCGGGCGCUAGGAUCAAAAGUCAGACUAACUUUCCACAGUUACGUGCAAUAGUGUUGACUUUGAUGUUCCACCGGGACUAACAGUAAUAUUCAAAACAGUCCAACUAUAACGAAGAUACACAGUGGCUGUUUAUAGGAAGAUUAAUAAUCAAUUAACAAAAGUAUAGGAGUGGAAAAAUAUUUAUCUUGAUCAGACUAAACGUCUUCGGGUAUUUCCGCAUGUAGUCCCCUACUCAUUAAAAAGUUUAACAUUGUGCGCACCGUCCUUUGCGUCUAAAUCCAAAGACUUAUCAUGUGAAAUAGUCGAAGACGUUUAGUUUGUUCAAGAUAAAUAUUUUCUAGUCCUCUAGCCAAAUCAUUUUUAUAUAACGGUCAAACUAGAGUAUUCUCAGUGUUGGCAACGAGCUAGUCAUUCUUUUCUCAGUGUGGGCAACGAGCUAGUCAUUCUUUUAUCAGUGAGGGCAACGAGCUAGUCAUUCUUUUCUCAGUGUGGGCAACGAGCUAGUCAUUCUUUUCUCAGUGAGGGCAACGAGCUAGUCAUUCUUUUCUCAGUGUGGGCAACGAGCUAGUCAUUCUUUUCUCAGUGUGGGCAACGAUCUAGUCAUUCUUUUCUCAGUGAGGGCAACGAGCUAGUCAUUCUUUUCUCAGUGUGGGCAACGAUCUAGUCAUUCUUUUCUCAGUGAGGGCAACGAGCUAGUCAUUCUUUUCUCAGUGUGGGCAACGAGCUAGUCAUUCUUUUCUCAGUGAGGGCAACGAGCUAGUCAUUCUUUUCUCAGUGUGGGCAUCGAGCUAGUCAUUCUUUUCUCAACAAUAUACAUUAACUGUCAAAUUUCUAGGAAAAUCGUAAUAGCCGUUUUCUAGAAUCGUGUGAACCCUGGUUUUGUGUGUGUGUGUGCCCACUCACUCGUAAUAUGCGACUUGAAGAGAGGUAGGCCUAGUGUAAAUGUCAAGGACACGAAUUGAAGGAUCAACUGUUGACAACUUAAUGAAAGUUACUUCGUAGUAAAGGCGAAUUAGCGUAGACAUAGGAUUCUACGAUGCUGAAUAGUGGACAAAAAUUAAUAUCAUUUAUUAAAUACAUCUCUUAUCAAUACUCCCAUAAACUAUACACCGGAUACACCAAAAAGCUUGUUAUUUAUGAAUUUGCCUCUAUGUAUAAAAAUCUACAAUGAAUGAUCCACGUCUUACAAUGACACUUGACUAUAUAUUCAACAACAUUGUCACGCAGACUUGCAAGAAAAAAAAAAUAGCCAUGAAAAUAACGAAGAGAUUAGUGUCCCCUUUUAGUACCUCUUUUAGUUCUUUUUCUAAACAGCAUUAAAACCAACUCGCCAAAAUAAAAGGUCCAGUCCCAGGAACAGCUUAAGGAGGGUUAACAGCUUAACAUCGAACGACCGAAUCAAAGAUAAUGAACUAAUGUAGGCUACAAUUACUUUUCUUUUAACAAUUAAUAACUAAGUCAAACAAAAGGAACACAAAUAAAUUAAACAUAAAGAGUUAAGGAUAAAAUAGUUGCUAUGAUUAAAUACCCCUAGGCAUUUAUUGAUGCAUUUUAUGCGCAUAUUCUCAAUAGAUAACAUUCAACAUUUGUCUAAAAUAGUCUAAAAUAGUCCGUGUUGCUAUGUUAAUUAGACCUAUAUUUAAAGUUACUUUUCUUUAUAGACCUAAUCUAUUUACGCUUAGGU